CCCCCACCCCGCCAACAACAAGAACAAGAUGGCGCGGCGCUCGGCCGCACUGCUGCUGGUGUGCUGCGUGGCGGCGCUGGCAGUCGCCUGCGGCGCGCGGCGCGAGCCCGCGGCGCUGCGCGGUGCCGACGUGUCCGCCAACGCCGCCGCCUGGACGUCGUCGGCACUGCGGCUGCGCGACACACCCGCCAACGCCGCCGCCGUGCGCUGGAUCCAGGAGCGGCUGUCCCGUCGCGGCAAGGACAUUGAGGACGAGCCCGUGUACUUCGGCAUGAAGUUCGAGGUGCCGCCCCACCGCCACGACAAGUUUAUGGAGGAGUGGAUGCGCACUGAGAAGACCUGCAGCAAGGCCAAGGGACUGGACUUCUACCAGAUGUCCAAGACCCUCACCGACAACACCGACUUCUGGACCUACACCGAGUGGGACACCUUCGAGGACUGGAUGGACCACUGCGAGACCAGCGACGUGCGGGACUUCAUGGACUUUAUUGAGGACAACGACAUCCUGUUCACACUCUACCCCCUGGAGGCUGCAGGCGACACCAAGCGGGAGUACCGCUCUGCCCGUGGCCCCGAGGUUGCCCGCCGCGCCGCCGAGCGCUCCAGCUCGCGCGUGACCCGGCGCCGCGACCGCGAGAUGGACGCAGACGAGGUGGACCCUCGCGAGACCACCGCCCACAUCGCCGUCAACUUCCACGUGCCGCCCUCCACCCACACCGAGUUCGUGGACGCGUUUGAGGACAUCCAGGACCGCGUGGUGGACAAGGAGGACAGCAACCGCUUCUACGUGCUGCGCAAGUUCGCCACCAUGAACCACCACUACGUGCUGCGCGGCGGCUGGGAUGACCUGGAUGCCUACAUGGACCACAUCACCAGCAAGACAUUCCACAACCUGCGCGAGAUGACCGAGGACAACGACAUUGAGUGGUACGCCGAGCCCUUCCAAGUUCUGGCUGGCAGUGAGGAUGAGCGGAUGGACGCUGCUGUCAAGCGCGCCUAAGGUGCUGCACUGCUGGUAGGAGCGGCAUGGCGGCCGUGGUCCGCAAGGAAUGCAGGUGGCAACAUGAGAGGCGGGCAAGGCUUAGCUGUGUGCGUGGCACGGCUUAGGAUGGCUUGUUGCAGGUAUGAGUAGGAUGUAUGCAUGGGUGCCCAAACGGCAUAUUGCGUCGGCUAUGUGCACGGCCGCGCAGUUGGGCUCAAAUAAGGACGCAUCAGAGCAAAAGCAUGUAGGCAUGGGUAGGCACGAAUCGAAGAAGCAGAAUGUGCAUGAUUAUUGACCACAAGUUGUUGCAUAUGAGUUCGUGCUUGUGCAACAUGCAAGGGCAAGGCACCAAAACCCCUAAUCCAGGCGGGGUAACACGUUUUGGAUGCUUCGGUUUUGCAAACCAUUUUUUGAAUGUUGCACGUUGCGAAAGUCGUGUCGGGAUGGAGCAGGCGGUGUGUCAACUGGCCAGUGGUGUGUAGUGCUCUUGAAGGAGACACGCCAGGUACCGUAUUGCCUUCUGCGGAAGGGGUUGUGCAUAUGAGCGGCGGAGCAUGGCGGAGUAGAGCCGCGCCUGUAACCCGUUGCAUUC